AUGGGUUCCGAGACUGAUUUCGAAGACGCCGAUGCGACGGAAGCUCAGUUAUUGAGCCAAUUCCAAAGCUCCCCCGCUCGCAAAACCGCCUCGAACAAAACCCAAGACCAAGACCAAGACUCAGAGGAGAAUGAAGCCCACCAGCCACCACAACCUAGAGCUAUGAACCACUUCAUUGAAAUUACUGUGCCGGAUGUUGGUCAUGAAAGCGACUAUGAGUACCUACCAGGGCAUUUCGCCGUGCGCCGGAUUUUGAAAUUGGAUUCAAAAAACCCCCAAAAGCCCUCCUACACCGUCAGACUACAGAGUGGGGAGCAACAGACAAUGACCUACGAUCGAUUCAUGCAGCUAGAAAACAGUUCUCAAGCUUUAGACCAGUUCAAUCCGGAUUCGGAUUACAGUGAUGAUCUAGCAUUGAUUCAAAGGAACAGCCGGCAGCGCCGCCUGCGCGCAAUGUUCUCUGGAGAUGGCGCGGCAUCGGAAGAAUCCGACCCAGAUUUUCCCAGACCUAGCAGACGCCGAGAUCGCCACCGUGCUGAAUACACUCAAUAUUUUCAUAUUGAGACAGAAAGUGAGCAAGAAGAACCCUCGGAUGCUCCAGAAAGCUCCGACGACGAGCUCAAUGCUCCUCGUGCCUCUACCAGGCUACGGCAAAGAGCGAAGAAGGCCAAACCCAAAUCUUCCUCCAACAAAUACGCAGAUCCUGAUGAAGGAACACGCAGGUCGAAUCGGGAAAGAAAGUCUAUUCGGAAAAACAUGGAGGAACGGCUAGAGGAUGACCUUUCAGAAGCCGAAGCCGAGGGUCCACGCCGGCCGAAAUACACUGGGGCCCGAGAGAUCUUCAUCGAACUCGAUCGUGAUGACGAAUUCAGAAACAGACAUUUCGGAUGUUGUUCUACCUGCAACUGGUUUGAGGAUGAUGAAGAGAAGGGCAUCCUGGUGUUUUGCCAAGGCUGCAGCUCAUCAUAUCAUCAAUCCUGCCUUGGGCCCCGUGGCAGUCGAGAGCAUCUCGUCACCAAGAUUGACGAAGGAAGCUUCAUCCUUCAAUGCCGUCGCUGUCUUGGCAGUUCUCACGACAAGCAUGAUGUUCGUCCUCACCUCGGCCACUGUGCUGUUUGUAGGAGGGAAGGCCCAAUGUCCCAACCCCUUCGAGGGCGUCUCACCUCUAAGGAAGAACAACAAUUACGCAUAGCGAACGGGGGCACGGACCCGAUCACUGAAAUUGAUAUGGCUCUGGUUAACAAUGUCGAAAAUGUGUUAUUCCGAUGCACUACUUGCCACCGAGGAUUCCACGCGGAACAUCUUCCCCAAAUUGACGGAAAAGACAAAACGGACAAAACGGACCCUUUCAGUGAAUACAAACACUGGCAAUGUCAUCAUUGCUCAUCUACACCAGAUGAAAUAGAGGUCCUCGUGGCUUGGCGUCCUCUUCAAUCCAAAGUUGCCGUGGGGAAGUCAAUUUCACUACCUGAACUUAUUCCAGAGAUUGAUAAAGAGUACCUCAUCAAAUGGAAAUCAAAGUCAUAUUUCCGCGCAACUUGGAUGCCUGGUGACUGGGUAUGGGGUGUCAGCAGUCCUGCCAUGCUGCGGGCUUUCUACAAUACCCCUCGGAAACCAAUCUUCACGAUGAAAGAGGCAAUUCCUGAAGAGAAUCUUCGGGUAGACAUCGUGUUCAAUGUUUCAUGGGUGUCAGAAGAUGAUGCCACGAAUCCUGAGAUGGUUGAAGAGGCAUACGUCAAGUACAAGGGAUUGAACUAUGAAGAGGCAGUUUGGGAGGUCCCCCCUAAACCAGAGGAGACUGAGCGAUGGGAAGACUUCAAGGCCGCCUUCGAAGAUUGGUUGCGCCGAGACACGAUCCAGCCUGUGGAUCCCAAAGAGCUCAAACAUCAUCUCGCAGCUACCCGCCAAUUGGAUUUCGAGACCGAGUUAGUACUGCAAGCCCAACCAGAAAUGAUCACUCAUGGUGAGCUUAUGGAGUAUCAGCUCGAGGGCGUGAAUUGGCUUUAUUAUAUGCAUUUUCAGCAAAGGAAUGCCAUUCUAGCAGACGAUAUGGGCCUCGGUAAGACAGUCCAAGUCAUUGGCCUAUUUGCGACCCUCAUCAAGAAGCAUUCGUGCUGGCCGUUUCUGGUAGUUGCUCCGAAUUCAACGGUUCCUAACUGGCGACGGGAGAUCAAGUCAUGGGCACCGGACAUUCAGGUUGUGACGUAUUUCGGGUCCGCAUAUGCGUGCCAAAUGGCUCGUGAACAUGAGAUGUUCCCAGAAGGUGGCAAGCAUCUCUGCUGCCAUGUGGUCAUUGCUUCGUAUGAGAGCAUGAUAGAUGAUGAAGCAAAGAGGGUGCUCUCAAAAGUUCAUUGGGCAGGUUUGGUGGUUGAUGAGGGCCAACGCCUAAAAAAUGAUAAAUCUCAGCUCUACGAGCGCCUUGCUCGCAUGAAGUUUGACUUUAAAGUUCUUCUCACUGGCACUCCUCUUCAGAACAAUAUCCGGGAGUUAUUCAAUCUCAUUCAAUUCCUUGAUCCAAAGACGAAGGCCGACAAAUUGGAAGAAGAGUAUGGCGAACUCACUUCAGACAAUAUCCGAAGUCUUCAUAAAAUGAUUAGUCCGUUCUUUCUUCGUCGCACCAAGGCCGAGGUUCUGCCAUUCCUACCGCCGAUGGUGCAAAUUAUUGUGCCUGUCUCGAUGUCUUUUGUGCAAAAGAAGUUGUACAAGUCAAUCUUGGGAAAGAAUCCUGAACUGAUAAAAGCCAUUUGCACAACUCAUGUCAGUCAGCUCAAGAAACAGGAAAAACACAACUUGAACAAUAUUCUCAUGCAGCUCAGAAAAUGUCUGUGUCAUCCAUUCGUUUACAGCCGAGAAAUUGAGGAAGUCACAGACAAUGCUAGACAGGCUCAUGAGCGCUUGGUGGAGGCUUCAGGCAAAUUUCAGUUACUAAACCUCAUGUUGCCAAAGCUGCAAGAGCGCGGCCACCGUGUCUUGAUUUUCAGCCAAUUUCUUGAAAAUUUGGAUCUUGUUGAAGAUUUCCUCUCCGGGCUUGAGCUGCGCUACUGUCGUCUGGAUGGAAGAUUGGUGGCUCGGGAGAAGCAAAAGCAAAUUGAUCAAUUUAAUGCGCCCGACUCUCCCUACUUUGCUUUUCUACUGUCGACUCGGUCUGGUGGUGUUGGAAUCAACCUUGCGACGGCUGAUACCGUCAUAAUCAUGGACCCAGACUUCAAUCCAAAGCAAGAUAUGCAAGCUUUGUCCCGGGCUCAUCGGAUCGGCCAGAAGAAUGUCGUCCUUGUCUACCACCUUACAACACGAGCAUCCGUGGAGGAAAAGAUCAUGGAAAAGGGCAAGAAAAAAUUGGCCCUUGACCAUGUCCUCAUUGAGCGCAUGGAAGACAUGGAAGAUGAAGAAGACUUGGAAUCUAUUUUGCGUCAUGGCGCCCAGGCUUUGUUCGAAGACGACCAUUCAGCCGAUGUCCUUUACGACGAGGAAUCCAUCGAUAAACUCUUAGACCGAAGUCAAGCCGAAAAGGCCGAGGAGGCGAAGAAGAAGGACAAAGAUGCCAAGGAUGCCAAGGAAGGAGAUGCUCAAGCAAACAAUCCGCAAUUCAAUUUUGCUCGUGUUUGGCAAAAGGACGGUGGCACUUUGGAAGAAGUAACCCUGAGCAAAGAUACACCUAUGGAUGAGGACGUUUGGGCCAAGAUUUUGAAAGAGCGCGAGCACCAUGCUCGUGAAGAAGCUUUUCGCAAAGCUGAAGGAUUCGGUCGAGGGAAGCGAAAGCGAGCUCAAGUCAAUUACCAGACCGCACAGGAAGAGGCCAACGACCUUGAUGGUGCAAAUUCGACCACGGUGUCUCCCAUCAAGAAGCGCAAGAGCAAGGCGAGCAGUGAGAGCGAUGGCGAAUUUGAACAGAAGGGCGACGUCGAAGAAUCUGACUCUGCCAACGAUACAGCCGGGGAUGUAGAUGAUAUGGAUAUUGACAUUGAGCCUCUCCGCCCGAAAAAGAGCCAUCCAUUUAAGCGUAUUAAAGUUCCUGUGGCCGCCCCAGCCUUGGUGGGUCUUGACGGCACUUCAGAUUCAGAUAGUAUUGCGCCUUGCAUCGCAUGCGAAAAAAGCCACGGGCUUGGCCAAUGUCCCUUGAAAGAGGCUGGCGUCGAACACUGUCCGCUCUGCGGCCUGGCACACCUUGGAGGACGGCGAGCUUGCCCUCAUUUUCAUUCCACAAUCCAAAUCCGGCGUAUGCUGGAAGCAUUGGCUCAAAGCAAAGAGGCUCCCAGUCUUGUUUCUGCAGCCAAGAAAUAUCUGCGUGGAGUCCUCGGUCACUUAAUGUCAAUCGAGCGCAAACAAUCCUCUCUACAUAGUGACUCCGCCGAUCAAAUUCCGACAAGCCAAAUUCCGGCUUCGCGAGUACCUGCUACUGCAGGGCACCCUCAACCUACUCCCAAUCCGCAUUUUGGUCCACCCAGGCUCACAACCAAUGCCGCCGGCUCGGAAAAGAGCAUGGCACGGCCUUCCAUUGGUACAUUCGCGCAUCAGCCACACAGAAAGUCUUUCCACAUGGCUGAAGUAUCUAAUCCCGCAACCCAUACCGCAAGCUUUGGAACUAGCCCGACCUGGCCUGUUCUCGGUAGUUUCACGCAUCAACCCUCGACGCAGCCGCAGAACAGAAUUACAGCGCAGCAGCCUAGCCUACUUGGAACCUCGCGGUCCAUGCCCUCGAGCCAGAGCACGUCGGCCCAACAAACUCAGACAUCCAACAACGUACCAGUUGUUGACUUGACUGGACCCGAGGGGCUGGAAAGCUACUCUUCUCCAUAUCCCUACGUUUCUCCCCAUCUCAACAACCCUGGACACCACUCGGCUCACUAG